GGUCCAACCUCAACCACCAACAUCGUCUACGUUUGCGAAGAUAAAAGGGCUGCGGAGAAACCCGACAGCUACAUUUGCCGUCACCCCUGAAAAGUACUGCGUUACCACUGCAUAUGAUCAGCCAAACUACACGAUAUUUUUGCCGAUACCGACGACCUGCGAACUUGUCCUGAACGACGACGAGGUUGGACACACCCGGGCCAUGUUCAUCUGUCGGGGCUGUCUCCGACGCCUGGCGGGGUUUGGGACUAGCCCGUUUGCGCCACGCCUGCUGGGCUCCUUGCAAAGGACGACGGGGCCAAUAACCAGCCGGCGGACGUACUUGGGCAAAGGCAUCAAGGUCGAUCUACGCAGCGCUCUCGCACAGCCUCUCGAACAGGAGGCGCCGCAUUUCAUAGCCAAGAGAAAAAGCGAACAAAGCGCCAUCAAGGAGCACGCCCUUGACGAGGACGACGGGGACCUGGCAUAUGAAAACGUAAACGCCAAAGGCGGCGAUCUGGGGAAGCAGAGAUAUGAGCGGAAGCUGCAGGCCGCCGUCAAAAAACAACUGAGCCUCGCCGAGGACCCCUAUCACAUCGCCCAGCAUGUUAGCAGAGCCCUUGAGAGGGGCAGUUUUGACGAGGCCCUCUUGAUGGCACGCAUGGCCAGCCGCAACAAAAAGGUCGAGGUUAGCUGGAACCACCUGAUCGAUUACCAGAUGAAGAACCGGCGCCUCCAUGCCGCCGUCAAGCUGUAUAACGAGAUGAAGAAACGCGCCCAGAUACCCAACGCAAAGACGUACACCAUCAUCUUCCGUGGCUGCGCACUCUCUCUACAUCCUAAGUUGGCUGUCUCCGAGGCUACCAGGAUCUACAACUUCAUGGUCAAGCAGGGCGCUCUCAAGCCCAACACGAUUCACAUGAACGCCGUGCUCGAGGUUUGCGCACGUGCCGGUGACCUCGAGAGUCUGUUCACUGUCCUGUCGACUGCCAAUGGGAAUCUGCGCUCUCCUGACGCCCAUACCUACACCAUUGUCCUAAACGCCCUCAGACACGACGUCUCAAAAAUGGAAAAUAGUAAUCUUGGCCUGGUCGACGCCGAGGUCAGACGAGAAAUGCAGAAAAACAUUCAGCGAGCGAGGGCGAUCUGGAGCGACGUGGUCGCGAACUGGAGGAAUGCCAAGCUGAUCCUUGAUGAGCACCUAGUGUUUGCCAUGGGCAGGAUCCUUACUGCGGGCGACUAUAAAGAUAACGAGAGCGUCCUGCUACUUCUCGAGCAGACCAUGAGGCUUCCAAGGUUCGACAAACCCAAUGUGCAGCUUCCAGCCCCCUUCGAUCCCAGCUCCACGACCGGGUUGGCAACGUUAGGAGAUCAAAUCCCCAACACAUCCAACAUGUCAGCAAAGGCUCGAAAGGAGCUGGCGACCUCGAGAGCGAACAGUUCCCCCCUAUACGCCAAACCCGGCAACAAGACCCUCUCCCUCGUUCUCACCGUGCUCACCAACACCCGCAAGACAUCUAGCGCGCCCAAGUACUGGUCCUACCUGACACAAACCGUCAACAUCACCCCGGACGCCGAGAACUACUACGUCUACCUCCGCACGCUCGCAGCCGGCCACGCCAGCGCGCAGGUGGCCAACCUCGUUACCUCGAUGCCCUCCACCCUCCUCUCCCCCUUAACCUUCCGGCGCGCCUUCACGGCCUGCAUCGACGACAACCUCAACAAGGAAGCCUUCGGCCACGCCUGCCGCAUCUUCGACGACAUGACCGCCCGCACCCGCUACCCGGACGCCCUCGCGAUGCGCCUCUUCCUGCAAGUCGCGCGCGCCAGCACGCGGCACUUCCACGAAGCCAAGCCCGACGAGUACGCCUCGGUCGGUGGCGGCAAGCGCGCGCACGGCGCCCAGAUCCUGGCCGCUCUCGACCGCAUGUGGGAACCCUUCCGGAUCUUGUCGGGCUCUCUAUCCUACCCCUCCCCCGAAGCAACAACAACAGGGAUGAAAACGGCGCGGUCGCCCCAAGAAGAGCUAGAGUGCAAGCGCGGUGACAUGCAAGAGAUUCUCGCGACGGCCCGGCGCAUGAUCGCGGGUAUCGACCGCGUGCUCAAUGAGGGGAACGACAUGUGUGACCUCAAAGCCCAGAAGCUCUGGCGGGUGCGGCGCAUCGUGCUGCAGAAGGCGGUCGAGCGGUGGAUCAGGAAGAUUUACCCGGACGGGCGGCCGCUGGAGGAGAGGCAGACCGUGUUGGAUGAGGAUGACUCCACUGGGAAACCCAUCACGAUUGGGAAUAAGCGUGCCAGCCGGUUGACAUCUGAGAAUGCGUACUAGGAUGACAGUCCGUGUGUGUUGCGGAAUGUGAGAUAGCCAGUGCGAAGUAUUAGAACUUAUACCAUGUACAAGGCAACAGCACGCAGGCGGCAAGUGCAUACUCUCAUGUAAAGAAAUCAAGGCAUCUCAUC